UAUCCGCACCUCACAGCUCUCUAAUGGCGUCUAAAAGAAGAGGAUUUGUAGGGUUACUUGCGCAAUUCAACAGAACCAGUUAUAACCAAGGAAUAUUUACAUGAAUGUUCAUCGGCUUCAGUUUAAGAAUGACCAUGGUCACCUUUGCCUAUGGGAGAUAUGCCUACAUCCAUGAUGACAAUGAUGGACCUUUCCAAGCAGUUCAUACUCACCAUAUUGUUGUUCAGAGGAGUAGCACAAGGAGGUUUCUGGUAUACUUUGCCACUCUCCUCUUGCUGGGUAAUGCAUGUAACAUCUUAAUGUCCAAGGAAAACUAUUGUGCUGUUCUCCUUUGGAGCAUUGUUUUGGGUUUGUUUCUUGCCAAAUCAUUGCAUUGGAAGCUUGUGUUGAAAGAGUCGGUUAUGAUUAUGCCAACACUUGGUGUGCAAUUCGAGACACACUAUGGGAGUGGGAGAAUUAUCCGCCGCUUUGUUCCCAUUGGUAAAAUUUUGAGACCUGUACUGAAUGAAUGUGUGACACCUGUUACUUGUUAUUGGAGCCUGGCUUUCAUUCUGCAUGGCGAAUCAGAACUGAUGUUAGUUUUUAAGGAACUAAGACCACCAGUGAAAAUGUUGGUUCCGGUCUGGAAGGCUUUGUGUGCUGCUGCCUCGGAGACUAAAGACAGCUCACAUACAACAGAAGAUGAUCAUUAAUGUUCAACUGUGGAUGCUGCAUCUCAAACUGAACAGCAGUGUUUGUAUCUUGAGUGCAAUCAAAUUCUUCUACUUAUCCAUGAAGCUUUCGGUUGCAAAUGGAUUGUCCCUGAAAUUUUCAUUCUUUGAUGGAAACAUUUUGCAAUUACUGUAUUAGCUGAAAAUCAAGUUACUGUACAUUAUAUUUUCUUGGGGAAUGUGCACAAAUUUUCUGAUCU